AUGCCUCUCGACGAUGAUGAUAAUCCUUCGGCAGCACCGUAUCCUCCCAAAGACGCAGCAGCCCCCGAUGCCGAGGAUGACGCCGAAGACGGCCCGUUCGACAUGAAACUUUUUACGUCCAUGUUCCACAAGAAAGGAAUCGCGGUACAAUCGGUUCGGAAGGGCCAGAAGGACUUUGAGUCGCACGGGACCAAAGCGCAAGACCAGGCGCUCGAGGCGAGCAGGCGCGUGAUCGAAGAAGUGCUCAGCUACACGCGCAUCCACAAGGACGACUGGAACAAGGGCUGGUACUUCCCGGACCACUGGCCGCAGGCGCUGGAGGAGAUGGCGAACGGCACGGAGGAAGCAGCGGCGCGGCCCGAGUUUGUGCGCAACAUCGACCCCUCGAUUCACGUGCGCGACUGCGUCGUUGUGCUAGAACAGACCAAGGGCCAGUUGUUCAAGUCGAUUGGUCGCUCGGUCAGGGGGCUCAAACCCCCGCAGCCGGCCAUUGGCAAGACGUGGCUCCUCCCGGAGGAGGCGCUGUUCCUGGUCGAGCGCGGUUCGUUGGAUCUUUGGUGGCCGGACGUUGCCCUGGGUGAGAUUAUUAUGCCUGCCUUCAAGGCGAAGAAGGCGGAGGCGGGGGAUGCGGCUUCCGGUGCGCGCGACGCCGAGGCUCCGGUUGUUAUUUCUAGCAGUCCGACGGGCAGCACGGGAGCGGAUGGCGAGGAGGAGGAGGAGGAGGAGGAGGAGGACGACGACGACUACGAAGAGUUUGCCAACGGCCUCCCUCUGAGCUUACAGGCAGCGUACGCUUUUUUUAUCGGCCUGGAAGGGGAGAGGGGCAAGGUGACACUCCCGAAAUAUCAGGUGUAUGCUCACCUGAAGCGAUCUGGCUACCACGUUCUCCGAGCCCCGCCGCCGGCCGCAACAAGAACCGUCGACGACGACGAAGAGGCGCGACGGACACGGCCACGAGAACCACAGCAACAACCGUCGACGACACCUAGGACAUUAUGGCAGUGGCUGUUUUCCCUCUUGAGCAAGGGAUCAAACACGGGACCAUCCCCCGUCGGACCUCUAGUCAAACCCGGACUGUACCGGAGCUACGUCCCUGUUUACGAUCAACUCGAACUCCUCUGGCGGUACAAGCCGCUUGCGGAACGGCCGGAGCCUGCGGCGGCGCCCGAGGCACCCUACAAGGUAUUUUACCACGUAUGGAGGCCGUCGAAGCACGCCGUGUUUACCAAGAGCGACCCGCCGCCUCCGGAUUUUCGCAUCGCGGUCGUGGAUGCCCGAGACACGUCCGUGCCGAGCCUGGAAGAAGUCACUGCCCUCCUGGCCUCGACGCCCCAUGACGCCGCCGACCCGGCUUGGGUCGGGGCCGGCAAGAUGUAUCAGCGGUUGAAGCACGGGCAUCGCAACGUUCUCAUUGCGGUUGUCGACAGGGGGCUUGUCAACUUUAUGCGGUUCGGCGAAGGGACGUUUGGAGAGGAGAAGCUGUUUGAGCGGUUUGACGGCAGGGGCAGCAACCAGCGGGGUGGCAAGAGGGGAGGUCGCGGUGGGAGAGGAGGGGGACGCGGUCGAGGCCGUGGCCGAGGAGGAAGACGAGGCUGA